AUGCUUGCUCGUGUCUCAGCAGCGAGUAACGUAUUGCAACAAUACAGGAAAACUCCGUCCUCAGGUCCAAGAGAGCUUACGCCAGCCAUGGUUCAGUCCAUUGAAGAGGAUGACAAACUAGCGAAAAUGGGCAAGAAAACCGAAACCCAGAAAGAAGCACAAGUUUCCAAACCAACCAAAGGGAAAACCCCUAAGAAGCGAAAGUCUGAUAAGGCUGUUACAUCACCUACUCAACUUAAGAAGCAGAAGAAGCCCGCUAGGAGGCUUAUACUACAAUCGUCUAGUGAUUCAGAUUUUGAGUAUGUUCCUCCCCAACAUAAGAAUGCUCCUCCUUUAGAAUCUGAGGGCGAAACCUUUGAUGAUGAGGCUUCGGGCCGAGGUGAUACUCCGCCUCGCUCCCAUACCCCAGAACUUCCAAUUCGCUCUCACCCUCUAUCACCUCCACCUGUAACCAUCCCAAUAUCCAUCCCUCCUGUUUUCCCCAUCCCCACUAUGCAACCUUUCACCUCUAUACCCAUCCCUACUCCCAUAUUCACAGAAACUACUACCACCACUACUACCACAGGUGCUCAUUCUACCGCCCCCACUCCACCUGUUACAACCGAACCUACAGCCACUACCAAACCCUUAUCUCUUACUGAAUCAAUAGAAACAACCCAUGUUCCACGUAUUUUAGUCCUUAUCGUGUAUAGAGUGACGACGAUGAUGAUCAACCUGUUACAAAGCAUCAUCUCAAGGCAGUGA